AUGAUCUUGCAUACGGACGGUUCGUCCAUGGGUAAUCUGGGUCCUUUCGGCUUUGGAGCUGUCUUGCGCACUCAUGAGGGGGUGUGGAUUGAGGGCAUUUCAGGGAACAUUGGCAUUGCAGACAAUACGUUGGCCGAGGUGAUUGCCAUUCUCGAAGGGCUAACUUUAGCAGUGGCUCGGGGGUGUACAACUCUUACCUGCUACUCGGACUCGCAAGAGGCCCUCAGGUUGAUUAACACGGCAACAGUUCCUAAUCAUGUUAUGGGGGGGCUGAUCAUGAACAUCAGGGAUAAGAUUAGCUCGAUCGCAAAUUUACGGUUUUCCCACAUUUGGAGGGAGGGAAAUUCCGUUGCUGAUCGCUUGGCAAGGAGAGGAUCCAAGGAGGAAGCUUUCUUCACUUCUUGGGCUUUUCCCCCGGACGAUCUUCUCACUCCGUUGGCUAAGGACGCAGCUAUGUUUCCUUACCCGCGCUUAUAA